UCCUCCCUCCUCCUCCCCUUCCUAGUCCAUCCCAGCGCGUCUCAUUCAGCCCGAGUGAGGCAGAGAGAGGCGACACUUUCUCACUGCCUGCCGGAUGCCUUGCUUGAGCUUUCCCACGGGAAUUGAAGCUUCUACCACCUACUGAGGUUCCGGAACUACGGAUUUGACGGGGAGGACUGUUCCACCUCUUGCUUGCAGUACCUGGGCUCGCCCCUGGGUAACUGAGGAUGUAAAGAGCUGUGAUCUUGCUGUUGGAUAGAGAGGGAACGUGCUGGGAGGGAGGGAAGGGAAGGAAGGACAGAGCCAGCAAGAGUCUCAGCAACAGAUGGAGAGGACAGCUAGACACUACAAGAAUCCGGCCGGAGAGACCUUUCUUCCUCCUUUGCACUACUGACUGAAAAAAGGGACCCUUCCUUUUCACAUUGCAGCCCCUCAUCAGCAAACAUGCCUUUCCCACCGAUUCAGCAGCAGCAGCAGCAGCAGCAGCAACAGCAACAGCAACAGCAGCAGCAGCAGCAACAACAGCAACAGCAACAGCAACAGCAGGUCCCCGGGGUUCCAUCACCUCCCACUGUCAGUGCUACUGCUUCCCGGGAGCUGCCAAAGAAGCCUGCAACCCAGAGGAAGACCGCUAUGCAUGCCCCUCUGGUCCCAGGUUCCCUGGCGCCCACAGCUGGAGGUGAAAAGAAGAAACGGCCCCCAGAAAAGCCAGAGAUGCUCCUCUCUAGCUCCUGGCCAUCGGCAACACUGAAGAGGCAACUGGCUAGGAGAACCCCAGGCCCAGCGGCCAGCAGGACUCAGCCACAGCCCCCAUUGCGCCCCACUCAGCAACCCUUAGCUCCCGCCACAGCUACCACCUCCCCACCAACCCGCCCGCUGCUCCCUGCCACCUGCACUGUGCCUGGGCUGGCGCAUUCCUGUGAGAGCCUGGCAGCUGGUGGGUCUUCUGUGCCAGGGCCAGGGGCUGGCACCAGCAGUGGGGAGGAGGAGGCUGUGAGAUUCUCUUUGAGCCUGACCCCAGAGGCAAUUCUGGUGAUCCAGAGGCGCAACCUGGAGAAGCAGUUGCUAGCACGGCAACGCAGACCCUUCCCUUCGCCGGCUGCAGACACUAAACGUCUCUUAUCCUCUUGCCCCCGGAGCAAGGCUGGAGCCAUGGGUACCACCUCAGGCCAACGAAAGGGCAUUGCCGUCAGCGGCGCCGGUAGCACCCCGGUCGGCAGCUUUGGGAGCACUAGUCGCCGCCCUACACAGUCCCAACCCCAACUUCUUUCUGGUGCCAUGCAACCCCUAUCCACCACCUCCAGGGGAGGGCACCUGGGAAGUGGGGACUUACGGACCUUGCUGAAGAUAUCUCUCCUGAAUGAGCACCAUAAGUAUGAUGAUGUAGAAUAUGAGGAGGAAGCUGAGGCAGUGGAUGAGGGCCUGGUGAGGAAGUGUACCGAGUGGUUACGGGGUGUGGAGAAUGCAGCUGCCACCAGAGACAGGGCUGAUAAGUUGGAGACCCUGCCCCACCUGGGCACCCUCUGAGGCAGUGUCAGGGAGAUAGAUGCUCUAUCCUACCCUUACUUCCCUCUUCUGAAUAAGUGUGGGAUUUGAGGGUUAAAGCCCACAGGUAUGCCUCGCUAGGACUGAAACUUCCAUCUCACCAGUGUUCUUCCUUAUCCUGUGUCCCCAUUACCAGACCUCUUACCAUUCAUACACCACACACACACACACACACACACACACACACACACACACACACACACAUUUCCUCCAGCCCAAGGUGGCAGUAGAAUCAAUACUCUGCCCACUCAUUUCUCCAGACAUAGAUUUAUUCCCUUUUCCUCAUCUUUUGAAUAUCUGGCCCUUGGCAUUGGCAUUCUGCACCAGUCUUCCUGCCCUGUGGAACUCACUGUUCCUUUUUGCUGUUUCUGGGGUUAAAAAUCAGCAGGUUCCAAAAAAAAAAAAAUGCCUUGAAACUCCACCACAAAGGUUCAUUUAUACAGCCCAGUGCAUCUUGGCUAGUGACCAGAAACUAGGAGGGGAAAAGAAACGUGCAUCUUGUACAUAACCCUUGGAGUUUGGUUUGUGAUUCCGGUUUAUGUUUCAUAUGGAACAUUUAUGGAGAGCAUUUGAAGCCUUGUGCUGAAGCCAGAUUUUAAGUCAGUAGUUUCUGGGAGAGAUCUGGGAGCAGUCUGCAUCUGAGAGAUACUUGGGUAACUGGAAGCUGACUGAAUGACAUUUUUAUUUCUUCCUCUUCUGAGAAGCCUGUUGCUAGACUUGGGUUAAUGGGAUAACUGGUGCUGCAUCUCUUUACAUCUGAUCGAUCCAUCUAGAUUUUGUUUUUCACCAGAAACUGGACAGAUGGGGGUGGGACGGCAUUGGAGAUCCUGGAAAUUCAAAUGGAUCUAACCUCCCCCCCCCCGAAAUAGUAGACUACGGUAAAUGAAUGCUUUAACGGAUAUGUUACUUUGUUGACAUACAACAGGUGAUUCAUGAUCUGCUUUGUUCUCUCCUCUUAGCUGUCCUUUCUGUAUGCUGUGCGCACACACAUGUCUUUCCUGAAACACAGUUACUGGAAUUGUUUUCAAGCACUGGACUCAGGAGGGAGGGGGAAGAGGGGUCAGCUUUUGUUAAGACCAUAGUCUUUAUUUGAAGUGCUCACAAAAUAUCUUUUGUACUAGGGGGAAAAGGGUAACCAAAUGGGGAGGGGAAAAAUGCACUCAGCUGUACCAGGACACAGGACAAAAUGUUCCGGUUUUGUGGAGAAAUUUAUUGGGAGAGUGAAUUGGGGUGGGAGGGGAGGAAGCAUCGUGUAUGUGUUUUUAGUAUUUUUGAUCACUGUGUAAAUAUCAUAGUGGCUUUGUACAUUUGUAUAUAACAUUCAAAAAGAACAUUUCUAUUUAUUAUUUGAAUAAAUGGUUAAAGAGAUUUCUGCUUCAAUAGCCAUACAUUUGUUCUCAGUUUCCAACUGGAGGUUUAUAUCUAAUCUUUAUCUAUAUAGACUUUUUGAGCAUUUGAGUACACAACUUUAAGACUAAAGAGGAAGUAAAAGGGGGAUUCUCAGAUAAGGCCUGCAUAAUAUAAGACUAAUAGAAUGUUUUUCUUCAACAUCUGACUCAUUUAUAAAACUUUAACAGUAACUGGUUUCAUAUCCUUCUCUUUUUUAAGUU